CAUUUCCAUGCACUUUCACACCCCAAAUCACUAUAUAUAUCUCUCACGUCUCAUACUAAUUACUCUGAUAAGUACAACCACAUAUACGUUCAAAGGAUCGAUGGAGAAGGUGUGCGAUGUGGUGCAGGGGUUGAAGCCCACGAUCUUGAUGGUGUGCGUGCAGAUAGUGUUCGCCGCCGUCAGUGUCUUCUACAAGCUGGCUGCCAACGAUGGCAUGAGCCUCCAGGUUCUGAUUGCCUACCGAUUCAUGUUUGCUGCCGCCACUGUCCUCCCUCUUGCCCUUAUCAUCGACAGGAAAAACAGGCCCAAGUUGACCUGGAAAAUUGCUUUCCAAGCUUUUGUUUCUGCACUGUUCGGGGGAUCAGUGGCACAAAACUUAUUUGCACAGAGCUUGGUGUUAACCUCAGCCACAUUUGCGGCAGCUAUGACCAAUCUCGUUCCCGCCGUGACCUUCAUCCUUGCAAUAUUUUUCGGGAUGGAGAGAGUGGGGUUGAAGACAAGGGCAGGCAAAGCAAAGGUGACGGGGACAUUCAUGUGCAUAGGAGGGGCAAUGCUUCUGACUUUCUACAAAGGUUACGAAGUCAACAUCUGGUCAACUCACUUUGACCUCUUGUACAGAAGUCAACAACCAGGUGGACACGUGGCGGUAGCCCACCACAAGCCCGUCAGCAAGAUCGUGGGCCCUCUGCUCGCACUUGCCUGUUGCUUCUCUUCAUCACUUUCACUGAUUAUUCAGGCUAAGAUGAGUGAGACAUAUCCAUGUCAUUACUCGAGCACUGCCCUAAUCUCAGUCAUGGGAUCUGUUCAAGCAGUUGUGUUUGCUCUUUGUACGGUGAGAGAUUGGAGCCAAUGGAAACUUGGUUGGAACAUCAGACUCCUCUCCGUUUCUUACAUGGGAAUUGUGGCAUCAGGGUUAAUGUGGGCGUUCAUCAUGUCUUGUGUGCGCAUGAGGGGGCCGUUGUUCGUCUCCGUUUUUAACCCGUUGUUGCUUGUGAUCGUCGCACUUGCCGGCUCUUUGCUUCUCAACGAGAAGUUGCACUUGGGAAGUGUUUUGGGAGCUGCAAUAAUAAUAUGUGGGCUGUACUCAGUUCUAUGGGGCAAAAGCAAAGAAAUGAAGAAAAUAACAAGGCUGGUGCCAUCAAAGAGCUUCACAGAAGCAACUCAUCAUGAAGUUGAAGAAACUGCGAGAGAAAGCUUCAAGGGUUUUAACCACGCCAACAAUGUUGUUGCUGUUGCUCCCAAUUUCUUACCGGAAUCUGAAAUAUUAGAAGUUUUCGAUGAAGACGAAGACGAUGAAGAUUUAGAGGCUGCACCCAAGAUCUCUAACCCUCAAACCAAACCCUAAUUUGUGUGUAUGUAUAAUAUGUGCAUGCAUGCAAUAUAUAUAUAUACCUUUUAACCCCCAACCCCACCCCACCCACCCA